UGACACACACUCUCUCUCACACACACACACACACACACACAGCUGGCUCGGGUUAGAUUAAUGUGACGCUCGGUAUGUUGCAGCAGCAGCCUAUUACAGGCAACGGGCCCAGCUCAGGCCGGGGGCUCGCGUUAAACACUCACCCGCGAAUGCACGGCUUGAACUCGGUGCACCCUCCGCCACACCACCGCUCCGAUGACGCGGGCCUCGAGGGAACGGAAAACGGCCACGAAAACAGACGUGACAUCGGGGACAUUUUGCAACAAAUCAUGACCAUCACCGACCAAAGUCUGGACGAAGCUCAGGCAAAAAAACAUGCCCUGAACUGUCACCGAAUGAAACCGGCUUUAUUCAGCGUGUUGUGUGAAAUUAAAGAAAAAACAGGUCUGUCCAUGCGGAACUCGCAGGAGGAAGAGCCUCCGGACCCGCAGCUCGUCAGACUCGACAACAUGCUCCUGGCCGAGGGCGUUGCCGGCCCGGAGAAAGGAGGCGGGGCCGCGGCCGCCGUCUCCGCGGCGACCAGCUCGGGCGGUAUGUCUCCAGACAGCUCGCUGGAGCACUCGGACUACAAACAGAAGCUGAGCCAGAUUCGCACGAUUUACCACACCGAGCUGGAGAAAUACGAGCAGGCGUGCAGCGAGUUCACAACCCACGUGAUGAACCUGCUGCGGGAACAGUCGCGACGGCCCGUGUCCCCGCGUGAGAUCGAGCGCAUGGUGGCCAUCAUCCACCGCAAGUUCAGCUCCAUCCAGACGCAGCUGAAACAGAGCACGUGCGAGGCCGUCAUGAUCCUCCGGUCCCGCUUCCUGGACGCCAGGCGCAAGAGGCGCAACUUCAGCAAGCAGGCCACGGAGGUGCUGAACGAGUAUUUCUACUCUCACCUGUCGAACCCUUACCCCAGCGAGGAGGCCAAAGAGGAGCUCGCCAAAUCGUGUGGCAUCACCGUCUCUCAGGUGUCCAACUGGUUUGGCAACAAGAGAAUCCGCUACAAGAAAAACAUCAGCAAGUUCCAGGAGGAGGCCAACCUUUACGCUAUGAAGACGGCCAUGGGGGCGACGCAGAGAGAGGGGUCGCCACAAACCCCCAACUCCACCGGCUCAGGGUCCUUCUCGCUCUCAGGGUCAGCUGAUCUCUUCCUUGGAGUUCCUCCUGUGAAUGGAGAGCAGCCUGGUUACCACAUGGGGGCUCAGACUAACGGGAGCUGGCAGGAUCAGAACACGCCUCCUUCUCCAACCGGAAGCGACGCCUCUGACAAUUCAGACUGAGGGCAAGCGCUGGUUCCAGACGCGUCCAUGAUACGAGGAGAAAACAGAGAGAGAGCGACUUUCACUCUUCUGCCAAAGUGCAGUGUUUUUAGGUUUGUUUUUUUUUUUUUUUUUUUUGUUAAAAAAAAAAAAGUCAAUAUCUGGAACGUGUGUGCGCACAAGAGAAAAAGGAGGAAACGGCUUUUAUUUAGGCUCAUGUACUCGUCCGUUUAGUUUUUUGGUUUAUAGUUUAUUUCUUUCUUCAUUAACUACUUCCACUACGCGUUACUGCAAUAUUCGGGUUCUGAAGAACGAGGAGAAAUGUUAGGUAAGCCGCAUUAUGUCUGCUUUUAUAACUCUAAUACUAUUGUUACUGUUAUCACUGCUAUUCUAACCCUAUAUUGUUUCUUUCGAAGCUCAGAUUGAGAAUUGGCACGGUUUAAAGGGGCAAUAGAGAAUAAUCCAAAGAUCGUUUUUGUCUUCUGUGUUUUUUCGUGUGUGUGUGUGUGUGUGUGUGUGUGUGUUUCUCUUUCUUUUUUUUUCUUUCUUUCUUUCUUUCUUUUUUUUUACUGUGUGUACUGUGUUUUUUUUUUUUUUUUUUUUCUUUCCAGAACGGGGUGCGUUUUGCCGUCUUUAUUUACGGUUUGAAUGCGUAUAUCCACAGUGCUGUCUUUCUCUGUACAGUGAAACACCUGUAUUCUCUACCUCUUUUACAAUAAAGACUGUCUGUGUACACAUUCAA